AUGAUUUCAUCAAGCAAAAUAGCAUACGAAUAUGUUAGUUGCACAAAGGGGCGCACCUUUAUAGUAUACUCAAAGAACUUACCAUCGAAUGGGAGCACGACAUGUAACAGCUCCACGUGCUCUUUACACCGAGAUACCAAUUCCACUAGCAACCAUGAAAAGGCAAUCGUGCUUCUUCUGCACGGGUUAAAUGGGGGCACUCACCAGUACGAGAAGUUGAUGAAUUCUUUGGUUCACGUUAACCACGCGUUUAUAUCGCUAGACUUCUACGGCCACGGAAAUAGCGUCCUUUCGCAGAACCUGAACAAAUUUACAGAGCGCUUAUACACAGAACAAAUUUAUGACGUUUUAAGGAACAAAAAUAUUUUAGAUGCAACCUUCAUUAUUGUCGCCUUUUCCAUGGGGUGUAUCAUAGCUACACACCUAUCUGCAGAGAAUAAAAUACACAUAAAGAAACUCUGCUUAAUCAGUGCGGCGGGACUGGCCAAACCGAGGCACCGAUUCUUAAUCUUCCUGCUAAAGUACAACAUACGUAUUUGCCUGAGACUGGCGAAGAAGUACAGCCAUUUGAUGAUCUCCGAGGACUCGAAUGAAUAUUACAACUUUGAGAAUAACGUAGAAGAUGCGAUGAAACGGUACUCAGUACUCCGAGAAAAUCAUGAAAAGUUCAUUGAGACAUUUCUAAAGGUACUGACCGGAAUAAAAAUCCAAGAUUCGAAGAAGCACUACUCUGCUUUGUUAAAAACGAACGUGGACAUCCUUUUCAUCUACGGAAAGGAAGAUAAACUGACUCCCUACUCUUACACCGUAAAAUUUUUGGAAAAAAAAAAGAAAUAUGUACAGAAUGUGAAAAUGAUUAUUUUACCCGAAUGUUGUCACCUCGUUAUACAUGAGAAGUACGGUGAGUUGAUUCAGCACUUGCUCUACUUUUUGCAGUGA